AUGGCGAGUACUGUCGAACCGGAUGAACGCGUUGGAAUCAUUGUCCCCCCUCCCGAAGUAAAGGGGAUUCUGGAAACGACGGCAACCUACGUAGGUAAGAAACCUGCGUUAGAGGCUCGCGUCUUGCAGAAGCAUAACCAAGACCCACGGUUCUCAUUUCUCAAAGUCUCUGAUCCCUACUACGCCUACUACUGCAGCAAGGUCGCCGAAGCUCGUGCAGCCGCGACUGGACAACCAGCACCUGUUCAGAGUAUUUCAAGUGAGGCUGAGAAAGGAAAGGAAAUAAUCACAGAAGGGCAACCCCUAUCAUCGAAGGAUCAAAUUCACGCGAAGGAUGGACAGGUGCCGUCUGCUUCGCAGGCCACGGCGGACGACGAACCGGUUAGAGGGAGCAAGGACGCCGCUGAUGAAAAGAUGACGACAAGCGCAACUGCAAAAGUUUCGUUUCUGAAAUCAAUACGAGCUAAAGAAGAAGCAGCACGUCAAGAGCCGCGCGAACCACCACCAGAAGACCUCUUUACCCUGAUAAGCAUGGCACCUCAACCCCAUGCUCUGGGUCUCGAAGUCAUGAAACUUGCUGCACAAUUUGUUGCGAAGAAUGGGCGAGAAUUUCUUACCGCGCUGAGGUCAAAAGAGUCCCGAAACAGCUUAUUCGAUUUCUUGAGACCCAUGCACCCCCACUUCAUUGUGUUUCAGCGCCUCGUCGACGCAUAUAGAGCUAUUAUGACUGAGGGCAAUGCUUCAAAUUUUUUACCAAAAGGCCAUAACGUACGCGAAUGUGAAAAGGCCAUAAUGCAGGACGUCUGGUAUAUGCAUGAUUGGGAAUGUCUACGUGCCGAGCGCGAACACGACGCUGCCAUGGAUGAGUCCGAAAAGGUUAAGGCUGCUCAAAUUGAUUGGUAUGACUUUGUUGUUUUAGAGACGGUGGAUAUCGACGAUGACGAGACCAACCUACCAGCACCUGUGGCAGAUGCUAAACAACUCCCCAAAAUUCUUGCUGCUACCAGGAAGCUAGAACUAGAAAGAGAAAAGAACCGAGGCGAUGUAGAUAUGGAUAUCGAUACUGAUGAAACGCCUAACGGGAGUGUUCUUUCUCAGACAACAGAGAAGCACGGGAUGGUUGUAACGGUUGAGGCCGACACGGCUCUCUCUUGGGAUCGCAUUCGCAAGGAGCCGACUGCUAUUCCUGUCAAACAAGUGAAUGACGUGAGGGUUGGAAGCAUCGCUGACGAACCGACUGUUGUUUUGCCAUCAGGGCAACGCGUUCCAUUGUCGCAGGCAGAAGCAUCAAUGCGAGCGGAACUACUCAAUCCUUCAUACAAAGACGAGCGAGCGCGGGCAGCGGCAAAGAAUAGAAAGCAAAAUUUGGCAAGAGGGGAGGAGAUGGCUAGACAUUUAGCUCGAUGGGAGCAACAACGGACAGAGGGUGGUGUCUACAAUCGGGGAGAUCUACAGGAAGCGCUGGCAACACAGCCAAAGUCGUCAGCAGCCGAAGCUGAUGUAAGACUAAAGAAAGCGGAACGACUAGGGCCUAAGCUGCCUGGGAUGGAGAUUGAAGAGCUUUCUCCGCCGGCGAAAAGACGGCGUGUAGAGGCAGCCAAGGAGGCGCUGGAAAAGGCAGCCAAAAAGAAGGCAGCCGAAACUGCAGCCGCAGAGGAGGAAGCAGCAGUGGCGGAGGCAGCAGGCAUCGCUACAGAGGAAAAGCUACCUGGUUUGAUGACAGCGGAUGAAUGGCUUCAGAAGCAAGGGCAGCAUGCGCAAGUGCGAAUAAAAAUGCCUAGUCACUCCAACAAGGAAUGGAAACUGCAAGGUCAGGAAAUGGAGCUCAAGGCACCAUUGAAGAAAAUGGUGAGUAAUUUGAAGAAGGUGAUUGAGAAAUGGACAAAGCUACCCGCGAAGAAGCAGAAGCUUCACAUGGAAGGUGCCGGAUUUCUCAAAGAUAAGAUGACACUCGCGUUCUACAACGUUAGUAACGAAACGACGAUCACUUUAGAAGUGAAAGAACGAGGGGGAAGAAAGCGAAACCAUUGA